UCCCACCCGCGCACAACUCCUCUCCGCUCUGCACCAGAAAGGAGCAUCCUCUCCUCUACGCCCUCCCUCUCUUUCGUAUCCUCUCUCUCCCUCUCUCUCUCCCUGGCAGUUGGCGUGUCCUCAGAAUGAGGUUAGCAGCACCAGUAGCAGCAGCAGCAGCAGCAUUAGAAAGAGACAGCAGAGCCACAGUUACUGCAGCGACCAGGAGAGGCUGUCCUUCAGCCGUGCACCAUCUUCCGCUGCAUUCACCCCUGCCCUGAGAACGCAACGCUCAUCCUUGUGCUCUCUUUCUGUGUGUCUCUCUCUCUCCUCCACCCUCACCUUCUGUCCUUUUUGAAUUCAUCUCUCGAAUUCAUCCCUUUCUCCCUCUCCCUCCCUCCCUCUCUCUCUCUCUCUGUAGCAGUGAUGGGGAAGACCACCAUGUAGAGACGGAGAGGCAGCGGAGGCAACAGCAGAAUAGCAGCAAUGGGAAGCCACACAUGGAGCGGGUCUGGACUGCAGCCGUGGUGAGCCUGAGACCAACAGGACUUGCAACCACCAUCAUUGCCCUUCUCAGGACCUGACCACUGGGGCUGUCCAACGCUCACCUGGAUGCUCCCCACUUGUGUGUCGUCAUCCCCUCCUCUCCUCGUUCUCUGCUGCUCUUUCUCCUCUUCUUCUGUUUCUUCUCUUUGAUGGUUUUGGGUCUGCCAUUAUCUGACAGUCUCCCCUGAAACGGAGAAGCAGCUCAUCGAUUGAUGCCCACGGAUUUUUCCCCCCUUUUUAAUCUCUCUCUCUGCCUACUUUACCUGCAAGUGGCAUUCUUUUUUCCCUGUUUUGGUUGCUGUUGCUUGCUUGAUACCUAUUUUGGAUUUUUUUUUGGGAUGAGACUGAGCUCCUCUCUCUGUUGUGCAAGCUUUUUGAUUGAUCUAUAAGCAAUAACAAACACUUAUCUAACUGACUUGACUAGCUGACAUCAUGGGGGACAUGUCCAACAGCGAUUUUUAUGCCAAGAACCAAAGAAACGAGGGCAACCAUGCGGCAGGCUUCGGCUGCUCGCUCAUGGAGCUGCGCUCGCUCAUGGAGCUGCGUGGCACAGAGGCGGUGGUCAAGCUCCAGGAGGACUACAUGGGCGUAGAGGGACUGUGCAAACGACUGAAAACCUCACCCACAGAAGGUCUCGCAGGUGCCCUGCCUGACCUGGACAAGAGAAAAGAAAUAUAUGGUAAAAACCUGAUACCUCCAAAGAAGCCAAAAACCUUCCUGCAGCUGGUAUGGGAGGCCCUGCAGGACGUCACCCUCAUCAUCCUGGAGAUCGCUGCCCUGAUCUCCCUGGGGCUCUCCUUCUACCACCCUCCCGGAGAGAGCAACGGAGAGUCCUGUGGUGCAGCGGCAGGUGGGGUAGAGGACGAGGGCGAGGCGGAUGCCGGCUGGAUCGAGGGUGCAGCUAUCCUGUUGUCUGUGGUGUGUGUGGUGCUGGUGACGGCCUUCAACGACUGGUCGAAGGAGAAGCAGUUCCGUGGGUUGCAGAGCCGCAUCGAGCAGGAGCAGAAAUUCCAGGUGGUCCGUGGGAGUCAGGUCAUACAGCUGCCCGUGGCAGACAUAGUGGUCGGGGAUAUUGCGCAGAUCAAAUACGGUGAUCUGCUUCCCGCUGAUGGAGUGUUGAUCCAGGGCAAUGACCUGAAGAUUGAUGAGUCAUCACUGACUGGAGAGUCUGACCACGUCAAGAAGUGUGCAGACAAGGACCCUAUGCUGUUGUCUGGCACCCAUGUGAUGGAGGGGUCAGGGCGCAUGGUGGUGACUGCUGUCGGUGUCAACUCUCAGACUGGAAUCAUUUUCACCCUGCUGGGGGCCGGUACAGAGGAAGAAGAGAAGAAAGAAAAGAAAGGAGGGGCUGUGGAAGACGGACACCAGAAUACAGAUUGCUCCCAUCCCCCUAUCCACCCCAUCGCAACUAUAGCCACGGAUGGGGCUGCAGGCAUUAAUGCCCCUGGCAGUGCCAGCCUUAUUAAUGGUAAAAUGCAAGAUGGCAAUAUGGAGAGCAACCAGAUUAAAGUGAAGAAGCAGGAUGGAGCAGCUGCCAUGGAGAUGCAGCCUCUAAAGAGUGCUGAAGGUGGAGAGUCCGAUGAGAAAGAGAAGAAGAAGGUGUCCGUUUCCAAGAAAGAGAAGUCUGUACUCCAAGGGAAGCUGACCAAACUGGCUGUGCAGAUUGGCAAAGCAGGUCUGCUCAUGUCAGCCGUCACAGUCAUCAUCCUGGUCCUGUACUUUGCCAUUGACAACUUUGUGAUGCAGAAGCGUCCUUGGAUGCCAGAGUGCACUCCCAUCUACGUCCAGUACUUUGUCAAGUUCUUCAUCAUCGGUGUGACUGUGUUGGUGGUGGCCGUGCCGGAGGGGCUGCCGCUGGCUGUCACCAUCUCCCUGGCCUACUCUGUCAAGAAAAUGAUGAAAGACAACAACCUGGUGCGUCACCUGGAUGCAUGUGAAACAAUGGGCAAUGCUACAGCCAUCUGCUCUGACAAGACAGGCACGCUAACCACCAACCGCAUGACGGCUGUGCAGUGUUACAUUGGAGAUGUGCACUACAAAGAAAUCCCAGACCCUGGAGCUCUGCCACCCAAAUCACUGGAGUUAUUGGUCAAUGCCAUUUCCAUCAACAGCGCCUACACCACCAAGAUACUGCCCCCAGAUAAGGAAGGCGGUCUGCCGAAGCAGGUUGGCAACAAGACCGAGUGCGGCCUCCUGGGAUUGGUCUUGGACCUGAAGCGGGAUUACCAGCCAAUAAGGAACCAGCUCCCCGAGGAGAAGCUUUACAAAGUCUACACCUUCAACUCUGUCAGGAAGUCCAUGAGCACUGUCGUCAAAUUACCUGAUGGGAGCUUCCGCAUGUACAGCAAGGGAGCUUCUGAGAUCGUCCUCAAAAAAUGUAGCCAUAUCCUGAACGAGGUGGGCGAGCCGAGGGUUUUCCGUCCACGGGACAAGGAUGAGAUGGUGAAGAAGGUGAUCGAGCCCAUGGCGUGUGAUGGCCUGAGGACCAUCUGUGUGGCGUUCCGUGACUUCGCCGGUCAUCCUGAACCCUCCUGGGACGACGAGAACAGCAUCCUCAGUGACCUCACAGCCAUCUGUGUCGUUGGGAUAGAGGACCCCGUCAGGCCAGAGGUGCCCGAUGCUAUCAUGAAGUGCCAGCGUGCAGGCAUCACAGUGCGCAUGGUGACAGGAGACAACAUAAACACAGCCAGGGCCAUAGCCAUCAAGUGUGGGAUCAUUCACCCCGGAGAGGACUUCCUCUGCAUCGACGGCAAAGAGUUCAACAGGAGGAUUCGCAAUGAGAAAGGAGAGGUGGAGCAGGAGCGUAUUGACAAGGUUUGGCCUAAACUCCGAGUUCUGGCCAGAUCUUCCCCAACCGACAAACACACACUUGUCAAAGGCAUUAUUGACAGUACUAUGGCAGAUCAGAGGCAGGUGGUGGCUGUGACAGGAGAUGGGACCAAUGAUGGACCUGCACUGAAGAAAGCUGAUGUUGGCUUCGCCAUGGGUAUUGCUGGAACAGAUGUGGCCAAAGAGGCGUCAGAUAUCAUUCUGACUGAUGAUAACUUCAGCAGCAUUGUCAAGGCUGUAAUGUGGGGCCGGAACGUCUACGACAGCAUCUCCAAAUUUCUUCAGUUCCAGCUUACUGUCAACGUUGUGGCCGUCAUUGUGGCUUUCACUGGCGCCUGCAUCACACAGGACUCUCCCCUGAAGGCCGUGCAGAUGUUGUGGGUGAACCUGAUCAUGGAUACUUUUGCAUCUCUGGCCCUGGCGACAGAGCCUCCCACAGAGUCUCUGCUGAAGAGGAAGCCAUACGGUCGCAACAAACCUCUCAUCUCCAGCACCAUGACAAAGAACAUCCUCGGACACGGAGUCUAUCAGCUCAUCAUCAUCUUCACACUGCUCUUUGUUGGUGAGAAGAUCUUCGACAUAGACAGCGGCCGUAAUGCUCCUCUCCACUCUCCUCCGUCUGAGCACUACACCAUCAUCUUCAACACCUUCGUCAUGAUGCAGCUCUUCAACGAGAUUAACGCCCGCAAAAUCCACGGAGAGAGAAAUGUCUUCGAUGGUAUCUUCAGGAACCCCAUCUUCUGCACGAUUGUUUUUGGCACCUUUGCUGUUCAGAUUGUGAUUGUGCAGUUUGGAGGGAAGCCAUUCAGCUGUCAACCCCUGGACCUGGAAAAGUGGAUGUGGUGUGUUUUCCUCGGGCUUGGAGAGCUUGUCUGGGGACAGGUGAUCGCCACCAUACCCAACAGCAGGUUGCGCUUCCUGCGGAGGGCAGGCCAGUUAACUCAGAAGGAUGAGUUACCAGAGGAGGACGUAAAUGAGGACAAUGAGGAGAUUGACCACGCGGAGAGGGAGCUGAGGAGAGGGCAGAUCCUCUGGUUCAGAGGACUCAACCGCAUUCAGACUCAGAUUGACGUAGUCAACACCUUCAAGAGUGGCACCUCCUUUCAGGGGGCGGGGGCUCUGAGGCGCCAAUCAUCCACCACCAGCCAGACCCAGGAUAUCCGCGUUGUGAAUGCAUUCCGUAGCUCCCUCUAUGAAGGCCUGGAAAAACCAGACUCCAGAUCAUCCAUCCACAACUUCAUGACGCACCCAGAGUUUAGGAUAGAAGACUCCACGCCCAACAUCCCCCUCAUCGACGACACAGACGACGAUUCCGCUCGGAGGAGGAGGAAGUACUCCAGCCAGCCCUCGUCCCCCAACAAGAACAACAACGCCAUCGACAGUGGCAUCAAUCUCACCAUUGACACCAGUAAAUCAGCCGCCUCCUCCAGCCCCGCCAGUCCUCUUCACAGCUUGGAGACCAGCCUCUAACCCUGAUUCUAACCUCAGCUCUAACCUCUAAUGUCGUUUCCUUGCAGUCUGGAGGCACCUUCUCCAACUCCUCCAGACCUUUAACUGCAACCUUACACCUUGUCGCCCCCAAAAUCUCACCCAGUCCAGCUCAAUUCUCAUCCCCCACCCUCCCCCCUCCAUUUACUACACAGGGCAGGUCCUGUGGCAAAACCUUCAUCUCUCCUCCCCUUAACCUUGAGCUCUUAAAGCUCUCAGCUCCUCUCAAAACAGAGAAAAAUCUAAAGUAAUAUGGCAAGGUGAAAAGAAAAACUUAACAUACAAUCAAAAAAGCGCAACAAAGCCACAAAACCUACACAGCCAUCCUGCUUUUGUGGUUGUAUGUGUACGGUGGCGGCGGCAGUGGUGGUGUGUAUGACUAUAUGCGUGUUAGCAUGUACUGUAUAAGCGUGCCGCUGACUGCACAUAAGUAUGAACUGUGUCUUUAGAGACACCAGGAGGAGGACGAUGAGGAGGGAGACACUGCUGAGGAGUCAAAAAUCACAAAACAGGACAGACUCUAAACUCCCCUUACACUCCCCCCCCUCAACAAUAACAUUGUCAAUACUGAUAAUAGUUUAAAUUAAAUUGAAAAACAUUGUUAUUAUUAUGAUUCUGAUUCUGAUUAUUAUUGUUAUUAUUAUUGUUGCUCCUGCAUGAAUGUACAUUACCCAAGUUUUAUUUAAAAGGGUUUUAAUUUUAUUGGAGUUCUUUCGUUCUGAUGGGCUAGGCCUCGCGGCGGACUACUAUUUUAAAGACAGCUUCUCUGAGUUCCUGGCCUGCAAAGUUCCCUCUUCUGUGUGGCAUGAACAUGUACCCGACUGUAAAAAUUUAUUUCAUCCAUAAACAGAAAUGUGUAAUGAGGUGGUAGGGCUCAACUUGCACAGUAGUUUUGCACCUGUCGGAAAAGAGGAACGCAAAAAUAAGAAUGAUGAUGAUAGCAUUUAUGGGAUAUAUUCUAUAAAUAUAAAUACAUAUAAAUAUAUUUAGAGAGAGUUUAUCUUUGUUUGUCGGCAUGUUGCCUUGUUCCUGCUUCAAUGGCUCAAAAUACUUUGACUUAUUUAUGUCUUAAAGAGAAUGUAAUUUGUUUACAACCUCGUAGAGAUAAACUUCCUGGUUUCUAGAAGGAGAGGGGCGAAGCUGAAGCUCAGAGGACCAGAGCUGUGUUGGUGUGUUAUUACUGAAAAACCAUGUGCUGGAAUUUGCCUGCUAUCUUUUCAAAUAUUGUAGAUAUUUUUAGAGGAUUAACAAACAAAAAGAAACCAAAAUAUAAUGGGAAACGUAGUAAAUGUGGAAUCUUAGUAUUACUCUAUAUGAUUGUUGGGAUCAAGUUGGAGUGGCUUGCCUUUUCUAAACGGAGGCCUCCUUUUUGUGACAGAGGGGGAAUAUUUAAUUCUUUUUUUUCCACUUCUUCUUCUCUCUUUUUUUAUUUUUAAAUUGUGGGUUUUUGGUUUGUUUUUUUUUUCUUCUGUGCUUCAGCGCUGACCUGGGGUCAGGGCUCGAGUCAAAGGCUGAUAUCAGGACCUUUACAGUGAACUGUCUUCUAGAUAAACAUGCUUGUUCAAAGGACUUGAUGUUUUAAAAAUAUGUGUGACCAUCAAAAACGAUUGAGUCAUAUUAGAAAUCAGCAGUUAUAUUUGGCUUAUCUGUGCCGCAUGGAAAUCUGACUUUUUUUUUUGUUUGUUUGUUUUUGUUCACAAUUUGGAAUAUAUUGUGUUGUUUAUUUUUUUAUUUAAUUUUUGAUUUAUUUGUUUGGGUUUAAAGGAUUUCCUCUAGCAGAGAGAGAGACACACGCAGCCCCACAAAGCUGUUAGCAUUUUUAACAUCUUUAAAAAAAAAAAAAAAAAGGAAAAA